GGCCUAAGCUUCAAUUUUUUCUCAAUAGGGUUGGAUUGGACAAUCAAGUUUCUUUCAACACCGGAUCUUACCGCCUUAGAAGAGCAACUCUGUUAUUUUACCCUCUACUCUCUUGUGGAUGUGUCCUUAAAAUAUCGACGGCCGGCGACAAUUUGCAGUAGAUGAUUAACUUGAGCUUUUCCUUCUGAGUGGAAAAUCCUCUAUCAAGUUCGCCAGUAAACUCUUUUUUGUAAGCUAUUUAUUUUUGUUAAUCUAUAGUAUUUUUUCCGUUGCCGAUAUCUCCUUAUAUAUCCCUUCCUUUAUAAGAACCCUAGAUAGUUGGCUAUGGAUUUUCUCGCUUUUAUUUUCUCAUCAUCCAAAAGGAACAGUUUUUUUUUUCAUUUAUUUUAGGUAAAUAAAUGCAAUGGAAGAUAUUAGGAGAAUUUAAUUUAAUUGAUGAAAGGUAUUGUGUUAUAUUAGCGGAAAACGAGAGAGUUAAAGAGGGGAAAAGGAUGAAAACAAAUAGGAAAGAUGGUGAUAGCGUAUAUGGGGAAGGGGACUCGAAAAGGCAGAGGAUUGUGGAUUCGCCAUCUUCACCUUCUGAAGAACCACUGGUGCCUUACAAUGAUGAUGAAGAUGAUGAAAGGAGGGCACUGAGUCACAUCGGCGGUGGAGAAGAGGAUGGUCAUAGAUUUGAAACUGAAGAAGAUGACGAUGAUGAUGAUCCAUUUGGGCAAGGGUCAGUUCUAGAAAAAACAAAUCGCCAGGUUGAAGUACGAAGAGACUGCCCUUACCUUGAUACUGUUAACCGCCAGGUGCUGGAUUUUGAUUUUGAGAAGUUUUGUUCGGUCUCUUUGUCGAAUUUGAAUGUGUAUGCGUGUCUGGUCUGUGGAAAGUAUUACCAAGGAAGAGGGAAGAAGUCCCAUGCUUACACUCACAGUCUAGAAGCAGGACAUCAUGUCUACAUCAAUCUUCGAACAGAGAAGGUGUAUUGUCUCCCUGAUGGGUAUGAAAUUAAUGACCCAUCAUUAGAUGAUAUACGCCAUGUUCUUAACCCAAGGUUUUCCAGAGAACAAGUUGAACGACUUGACAAGACCAAGCAAUGGUCUAGAGCACUUGAUGGUUCAGAUUACCUUCCAGGAAUGGUGGGGCUGAAUAAUAUUCAAAAAACUGAUUUUGUCAACGUCACCAUUCAAUCUUUAAUGAGAGUUACUCCCUUGAGGAACUUUUUCCUUAUCCCUGAAAAUUACCAGCACUGUAGAUCUCCACUUGUUCAUCGAUUUGGAGAACUGACACGGAAGAUUUGGCAUGCUCGAAACUUUAAAGGACAGGUGAGCCCUCACGAGUUUCUACAGGCAGUUAUGAAAGCCAGUAAAAAACGGUUUCGAAUAGGUGCGCAGUCUGAGCCAGUUGAAUUCAUGUCAUGGCUUCUUAAUACGCUGCAUGCAGAUCUUAGAACUUCUAAGAAAAGUAGCAGCAUCAUCCAUAAGUGCUUUCAGGGGGAAUUGGAGGUUGUAAAAGAUACACAGAACAAAGCUAUCAGUGAGAAGAAAGAAAGUGGUGGGGAACAGAAUGGAGCUCUGAAGAUUACUGAUGGUGUAAUUGAGAAUAAUAACAUUGCUGCUGAAACUUACAGAAUGCCCUUUCUGAUGCUUGGAUUAGAUUUGCCAGAACCACCUCUUUUCAAAGAUGUGAUGGAGAAAAAUAUAAUACCUCAGGUUCCUUUGUUUAACAUACUGAAGAAGUUUGAUGGUGAGACUGUAACAACUACUGUUCGUCCUCCAGCAAGGAUGAGAUAUAGGGUCACCAGAUUGCCGCAGUACUUGAUACUUCACAUGCGCCGCUUUACUAAGAAUAAUUUCUUCAGAGAAAAGAACCCAACAUUGGUGAACUUUCCUGUGAAAAACCUAGAGUUGAAGGACUACAUUCCUCUGCCAGCACCAACCAAAGAGAAUGAAAGGCUGCGCACCAAGUAUGAUCUGAUUGCUAAUAUUGUUCAUGACGGUAAGCCUGAUGAGGGGUUCUACAGGGUCUUCGUACAAAGAAAGUCGGAAGAACUAUGGUAUGAGAUGCAGGAUCUGCAUGUUUCUGAAACACUUCCUCAGAUGGUUGCAUUAUCUGAAGCUUAUAUGCAGAUAUAUGAGCAGCAACAGUAGGAUAGGAAAUCCGAUGAACUGAUAUUAUUGGCGUAUGAUUACUUCUUGUUGUUGCCUUUAACAACACUCCUCCAUAGUGUAACCCCUUUUUUUUAU